GUGUUUAAAGAUGGCGGCGGCGGCUGCUGCGGGAGGCGGCGGCGGCUGCUCCUGGGCCUCGGUGCCGCGGGGCCGCUUCCCCAGGCCGGCUAAGGGCAGUGUUGCCGCGCGUAGCCCGGCGCCGGAGUCGCGCGCAGGCACUCUCUGCUGGCGCCGCAGCUCCUGCGGGUCGCCUCGCCGGACGGAGAGAGGGCCGCGGCGGCGGCGGACGCCACCCUGGGGAGCCUCCUGGGCCUCGGACGGAGCCUGCGCCGCCUACAGGGCCUGCUGGGUGACACCAGCAGCAGCGGCAGUGACGGCGAGGAGGAACCGGAUGAGUUUCUGGGCUUCCAUUCAGAGGAUGAGGCCUCCAAGAGCUCCCUGCGUGCCGCUCUGCGGUCUAAAAGAGGUGCAUCUCUACCUGCCCGCGGGAGGAAGAAGAGGACGCUCUCUGAGGACGCCCGUUCCAAGCGAGUGGCCAAGCAGAAGGCUGCGGAGUCCCAGCGGGAGCGUAUGGUGAAGGCUUUGUCUGAACUGCUUCAGAAGACCAAGGCGCCUCCAGCCCGGUUGGGCAGGCCCCCAGGGUCAGGCCCCAAAAUAAGCAAGAUGCUUCCCGAGCAGAACAAACUUGGCCCAGAGGCAGGCGAUUCCUUAAAAACUACCCUCUCUCCCACCCUUCCUCCGCAGACGGGAAAGAUCCGCAACUCCACGGCAUCCUCCAGGCCACGUGGGCGGCCCCGGGGUUCCUUCACCAAGAGACCCAGGACCACACCUGAACCUCCUUGCCAAAGAGUCGACGCUCCAGAUCCCCUCCCUGAAACGGGGCGCGGCAGCCCUCCCGCUUCGCCCCGCCAAGAUGUCAGCCCCUCCCCGCCAUCCCCCGAACCUUCGAAGAAGCCCCCGCUCAUCCUGAAGUUCUUUUCCAAGUCCAGGCGGCACAAGUCAGGCAAGUUGGUGGUGACCCACGUCCGGUUAAAGGGCCACAGGCGGGGUCGCAAGAGGAAAUGGAGUGUCGUGCAGAAGAGGAGAAGCUCCCCCCUUCCUUCCCUGUCUGUCUCUGGGUCGGAGGCUCCUUUGUCGGAGUCGGAGGCUUCCGCCCCUGAACCGGAACAAAAAGAGGUGGCUUCCGCUCCGGAGUUGCAGCCGGAUGUUCCCGCUGCAGGUCAGGAGCUGCAGCCAGAACUUCCUGAUUCGAAGCCAGAAGCGCUUCCUGAAGUGGUCGCUCAGGAGCCAGAGGAACAACCAGAGGCUCCACCCGUCGAGGCAGAAGUCUCUCAACCAGAAACGGAGGCCCCAACGCCAGGAGACGGUGUUUCUGCUUCACUGAACGAACUUUCUGGGGAUCAAGAGCAACAGCAGCCCAAUUCGCAGAGCGAUGGGACGAGAGCCACUCCUGAGGAGGGGUCUUCCAGCAUUGCCCUUUCCACUCGGGCGCAGUGUUCCAAGCGGGGCCGUGGCCGGCCACCCUUGACCGCUUCCCAGCGGGCUCAGCGGAUGGCGUCUCAGCAGUUGCCGGCCAAGGCCCGAGAGGAUGCUUUGGCCGCCGCCCAGCAGGCCAGCAGCCCCGGAACUGAGGAGACCCCAGCUCACAAGGCCACGUUCCUGAAGAACAUCCGGCAGUUCAUCAUGCCCGUGGUGAGCGCUCGCUCGUCGCGCCUCAUUCGCACCCCUCGCCGCUUUAUGGACGAGAUCCCGCAGAAGACUGCCAAGCCUGCGGAAAGCCCGGCUGCCUCAGAAGGGCCUUGUCCUGACAAACAGGAGGCGUCCCUGUCGUUACCAGUGACCUCCCUGCAGCUGACACCCCCAACCACUAGCUCUCCGAGUAAAGAUACCUCCAGAGCCCUCUCCCCGCCCCCUUCUCCUGGCGUUCCCCUUAUAGCUUCCUCGGCUCCCGCCCUGCCCGAGAAGCGCCGUUCCAUCCUCCGGGAGCCCACUUUCCGCUGGACUUCACUGAGCCCGACAUCAUCCCCAAAGGACCUGGGCAAGUCUCUCUUCCAGCUGCCCAGCGACGAUUCCCCAUCUUUGCCCAGCACUCCGGCGCCAACCCCUUCGCCCCCAGCCAAACGGACCCCUCUGCUGCGGGCGCCUCAGUUCACCCCGAGCGAAGCGCACCUGAAAAUCUACGAGUCACUGUCCGUGUCUUCCGAGGAGUCCGAACCGGUGCCUGCUUCUCCCGAGGUCAGGAGAGACCCCCCGGCAUCGCAGCAAGACUCCCCCAUGCUCCCCCACAAGCCGGUAGCCACCCGCAGCAGCAAGAGGCUUCUGGGGAGGACGAACCACCUCACCUUGCCUCUGUUCACGGAGGUCCCGAGGCCGCUGGGGGCUCAGGGCAAAGAGCUGAUCACCAUGGAGGACGUGAAUUCUCCCGGCGUGGUGCACAAGGUGGCCAUCCGGAGGGUCGUGCCUCCAGUGGCCCACGUGAAGGAGGCUGAGAGUUCGGAGAGUGAGGCGGAGCCUGCCAGCCCCUGUUUGGAGGAGCCGUUGCCCCCUCUGGAGGAGCCGAAGCCCAUUAUAACCCAACUGUCGAGCAUGGACAAAGUGUACAGCCUGCUCACUCGUGCCAAGGUGCAGCUUUUCAAGAUCGAUCAGCAGAAGCAUUUCAAGCUGGGUCCGGGCUGUCAAACCAUCAAGAUAGAUGCCCUCGAGCUUCCAAAGAUCCAGACCAAGCAGGAACCAAGCUCGGAACUUAAAACAGAUGGAGAAGACGGGAAAGAUGCAAGAAAGCAGGGCCAGGAAUCUCCAGUGCAGGGUCCUCGCAUCAAACACGUGUGCCGGCACGCCGCAGUGGCCCUGGGCCAGUCUCGUGCCAUGGUGCCGGAGGACGUGCCACGCCUCAGUGCUCUGCCACUGCGAGAGAGGGAGGAGAUUGCCGCUUCGCCCACUGUUGAGGGUCAGUGCCCCGGGGGUAGGCCAAAAGAGACCUCCUCGGCUUCCGAGAGCGAGUGCGGGCAGCAAAAGCAGGCGAAGGUGGAUACGGUCAUGAAGGCCGUGCCACACCCAGCACGCCGCCACGUCUCUCACCACCACGGCAAGAAGAACCGAAUGACCCGCUGCGGGAAGUGCAAAGGCUGCCUGAAGCUUCAGGACUGCGGGGAAUGCAUCAACUGUCUGGACAAGCCAAAGUUUGGUGGGCCGAACACCAAGAAGCAGUGCUGCGUGUAUCGGAAAUGCGACAAGAUAGAGGCGCGGCGGGUGGAGCGGCUGUCAAAGAAAGGUCGUGCUGUACCGAAGCCCAUUGUCACUUGGGAUUCCGAGGAUUCUCAAGAGGAGUUCCCAGCCCCUUGGGAGGUUAUGUUGGGAGCCACAGAGACAGCCGAGCAAGACUCCCUGUUGCAGCGCAAGUCGGCACGGCGCUGUGUCAAGCAGAGGCCCUCCUACGACAUAUUUGAAUCCUCUGACUCGGACGCAGAACCGGUAUCCGGCUCGGCCACCCAUCGCAGGAAAUCUUCGCGGGACUCAGAUUUGCUUCCCAUGGACUCUGAGGAACAGAGUAGGCCCCGCAGAACGCCUCUCCAGCCAGUGGUGCAGCUGAAAGCCCGGAAGAGGCCAGAGAAGGAUGUUGCCUCUUCUGGCACGCUCCCAUCAAUCUCCAAUGGCUGGAAUGGGAAGCACAAGUCUACAGAUGGCGUCCACCGGCUCAGGGUGGACUUCAAGGAGGACUGUGACCUGGAGAACGUCUGGCUGAUGGGCGGCCUCAGCAUCCUCACCUCGGUGCCGGUCACCACGCAGUUGGUGUGCCUCCUUUGUGCCAGCAAAGGUUUCCAUCAGCUCGUGUUCUGCCAGGUGUGUUGCGACCCUUUCCACACCUUCUGCCUAGAGGAAGACGAGCAGCCACUGCCCGAGCAGGAGGAAAGCUGGUGUUGCCGCCGCUGCAAAUUCUGUCACGUCUGUGGCCGCAAAAACAAGGCAUCCAAGCAAUUGCUGGAAUGUGAGCGCUGCAGGAACUGCUACCACCUGGCUUGUCUGGGACCCAACUACCCCACGAAACCUUUCCGUAAGAGGAAGGGCUGGAUCUGUUCGGCAUGCAUCCGCUGCAAGAGCUGCGGAACCGCUCCUGGGAAGAACUGGGACACCGAGUGGUCUAGCGAUUACAGCUUGUGCUCCGCCUGCUCAGUGCUGUACGAUAAAGGUAAUUACUGCCCUAUCUGCUUGCACUGUUACGAGGACAACGACUACGAGAGCAAGAUGAUGCAGUGUGCGAAGUGUGACCAUUGGGUGCAUGCCAAGUGCGAGGGCCUGUCAGACGAAGGCUACGAGAUCCUGUCCAGCUUGCCCGAGAGCGUCGUCUACUCCUGCCGCCCUUGCUGUGGCAGCGACAAGACCAAGUGGCGGGAGGUCCUCAGCUCAGAGCUGCGGAAGGGCCUUCGGCAGGUGCUGCAGGGCCUGCUGAGCUCCAGGUUCGCCGCUCCUCUGCUGCAGUGUGCCCAGUGUUGCCCCGACGACGGCGUGAAGGUUCACCUGCGGCCCUGCGACUUGCGCACGGUCGGCAAGCUCUUUGACCAGGGUCACUACUCAUCUGUGCACAGCUUCAAUGAGGACAUGGUGGGCGUCCUGUUGGGGCACGUGGAGGAGGGCCAAGCCGGCCUUAACGCAAAGGCAUUCUACGUUGAGCUGAUGGGAAAGUUCUUUGGCUGGUUUGAUGCUCAGGAUCCGAAGCACUGGACGCGCAACAGCAGCCUCCCCAACGGCAUGCUUCCCAAUGCAGUCCUGCCUCCCUCUUCCGACCACAUCUAUGCUCAGUGGAGGCAGCCUGAGGAGCUCCACUCCGGUGCCAACAGUCACCUGUCGCCGACGGACCCAGAGAAGACAGCCGGGAAGGACGCAGAGCAUUCCUUACCACAGCAGGAGCUGGCUGAUCCAGAAGACAAGCGGCAGUGUGCCCUGUGCCUCCAGUAUGGGGACGCCCCUUCCAAGGAUGCAGGCAGGCUGCUGUACAUCGGCCAGAACGAGUGGACCCACGUCAACUGUGCCAUCUGGUCAGCUGAAGUCUUUGAGGAGAACGACGGUUCCUUGAAGAACGUGCACGCUGCUGUGGCACGGGGCCGGCAAAUGCGCUGCGAGCACUGCCAGCGCACGGGCGCCACUGUCGGCUGCUGCCUCUCCGCCUGCCUCAGCAAUUACCACUUCAUGUGCGCCCGCCUACGCCACUGCACCUUCCAGGAUGACAAGAAGGUCUUUUGUCAGAAGCACAUUGAUCUCCUGGAUGGGACGGAGAUAGUGGCAGAAGAUGGCUUUGAUGUCUUGCGCCGCGUCUACGUCGACUUUGAGGGCAUCAGUUUCAAGAGGAAAUUCAUGGUGGGCCUGGAGCCGGACACCAUCAAGAUGAUGAUAGGUUCCAUGAAGAUUGAUAGUCUGGGGAUGCUGACGGACUUGUCGGAGUGCGAGGGACGUCUCUUUCCCGUAGGCUACCAGUGUUCCCGGAUUUAUUGGAGCACAGUGGACGCCCGCAAGCGGUGCUGGUACAAGUGCCGGGUCCUGGAGUACCGGCCAAAGCUGAGCCAGGAGGAGCCAGACGCUCUCGGGGUGCAGGAGGAGAACCACACCAUCGUGCACAGCCCAGCUGUCCCUGCAGAUGCUAACCUCGGAGAAAAGCAACUUCAGGACGUGGCGCCACCCUUGCUGCCACCGGAGCGUCACUCUCCCGCACAGAACCCAGGACCUCUGCCACCCCCGGAGCCUGCUAUAUCCAAGCCCAGACCUCUCUCUGGAGCUCGCAUCAAAGUGCCCAACUACUCCCCCACUCGGCGGCCUAUAAGUGGGGUGUCAUCCCGCCCGCUUCCCUCUCCCGGGAGUGCAUCAUCCAUGUCCCAUCACAUCUUGACAGUGGGAGACCCGGACUUCCCCACUCCACGCCGUACUCAGCGCCUCAGCCCCUUGUCGCCUAGCGGUGCCCCCCGCACCUGCCGGUCUUCCCUCCCCCCACAAGCCACUGCAAACAGGACUAGUCCCCCUGGCAUCAAUCUCAGGGCCAUGUUGCCUCUCCCAGGCGAACCCCCGGCUGGGAGUGGCUUUAGGCACACGUCUACCUCUGACGGGCAGCGGCCCGCACCUACCUCACCCCCUCCCUCGCCCCCAGCUGUACCCCCAGAGCUGGCUUUUGAGCUCAACGUCUCCGACUUGGAAUUUGACGACAGUCUCUUGGAUGAGCCCUUUCAGGAAGAGGAGCUGGGCGUGCCACGGACGUGCCCCUCGCCCAGCCUGGGGCUGCCUCAGUUGGACGGGCUGGGGGACGCAGAGAGUGAGGAAGAAGGAGACGCUGGGCGCUACUUCCGCUUUCCACGCACGGUGCUGACGCGAGAGCCGCCCCUGCCCUCGUACCCCCUGGACCUACCCCUGCCUCACAUCCACCAGCUGGACGGGAUAGACGACGGCACGGACAGCGAGGCGGAUGCCACAGGGGGGCACCCGUCGGCCAAAGGCAAGCAAGUGGAACCGAGGGUCGAGAGGGAGCUGGCUGGCCCCGCUCCCGCACCAGAGGACCUGCCUUCUGACAUUGUGGACUUUGUGCUGAAGAACAUGGAUGCCCCUGAAAGCAAGGCCCCGCUGCCCGUCUGCCCCAAUCGGACCUCUCCGCCCCUGCCACCCCCUACCUCUGCCAGUCUUAACGGCACUGAGUCAGCCCACCUGAGUCCUGCUCUGGAACCCACCCCAACCCUAAUGCUCAGUUGCGCCCAAGUGCCCAGCGGCCCCGAGGUGAAGGUGCUGAGCUCUGAGGGCCAAAAACCCGGCUCCAGAAUCAUCCUGGUGAACAAGCUGGGCCCGGUCUGUGUCAAAGUGCAGGGUGAAGAAGGCACAUUCGGUGCCCAAGACGGGGAGCAGGCCUCUGGCUGCAAGGCCAUACCAAAUCCUGCCCCGGCACAGCCCAUUCCCGGGCCGGGCCUUAACACAGUCAUUUUACGGGCACCGCUGAGCCUUGCUCCGAGCCCAGUUCCUUGGACCAUCGGGGGUCCAGUGCUCAGCAUGGUGCCCAUGAUGAACGUGGUGGGUGCCGCACCUCAGGCUGCUGCAGGGCAGCUGGCAUUGGGGCUCCCCCAGACCUGUCUGUUGCAGCCUGUCUCCGUGAAUCCAGAGGUGCUCAGCCUUCCACGCUUGGUGUCCUUACCCAGCCCCCGCCCGGCCAUCCGGGUCAAGAGGGUCUCCACCUUUGUUGGAAACGUGCCCAUGAAGAAGGCGAAGGUGGAUGGAGUCCAUGAAGAAGAUGCAUUGGUGGCGUCAUCUGCAGAGACUCCUGGUCAUUUGGUUAACAACUGCCUUUCUGGCAACACAGGAGGCUCUAGCAUCGGGAAGGUUCGGAUGAAGACCCCCACGACAAAGGGUGUCUUAGACCUAGAUGCACUGAAAGAGGAGGCGGGCACUGCCGGCAAGAAUGAGCUGUCCCCAGUGGAGCACUCCCCUUCCUCCACCGCGAUGCACUCCCGUCCCGGGACCCCAGAUCAGGGCCAGGAGCCUCUGCUGGAACCCAUCUGGCACAGAUAUGCAGUGGGCCUUUCUAGUUCAGAUGAGGACAACCUGAACCAGGAAGACAAAGAGAACGAGGUGCCCCGCAAGACGCAGCCCCACCUGCGCUUCGAGAUCACCAACGAGGACGGCUUGAACGUGCAGGCUGAAAGCAUUGAAGGUGCCUGGAAAGCAGUGAUUGAGAAAGUUCAGGAAGCUCGUACCAAUGGCAGGUUGAAGCACCUGUCCUUUGCAGGCAUGAACGGCGUGCGGAUGCUGGGGAUGCACCACGAUGCCAUCAUCUUCCUGGUGGAGCAGCUAUACGGGGCCAAGGCCUGCCAUAAAUACAAGUUCCGGUACCAUCAGCACGAAGGCGAGGAAGAGGAGCUGCCUCUCAACCCUCACGGCUGUGCCCGGGCCGAAUUCUAUGUGAGGAAAUGCACCUUUGACAUCUUCAACUUCCUGGCAUCCCAGCAUCGUGUGCUUCCCGAGGGUGGCCCCUAUGACGAAGAGGAGGAUGAAGUGCAGCUCAAGUCCACUAGGCGAGCAACCAGCUUGGAGCUGCCCAUGGCCAUGCGCUUUCGGCACUUGAAGAAAACCUCCAAGGAAGCUGUGGGCGUGUACAGGUCAGCUAUCCACGGCCGGGGUCUAUUCUGCAAGCGAAACAUUGACGCUGGUGAGAUGGUGAUAGAGUACUCGGGGAUAGUCAUCCGUUCCGUGCUGACAGACAAGCGGGAGAAAUACUAUGACAGCAAGGGCAUCGGGUGCUACAUGUUCCGCAUCGACGACUUCGACGUGGUGGACGCCACGAUGCACGGCAACGCUGCCCGCUUCAUCAACCACUCCUGCGAGCCCAACUGCUACUCGCGCGUCAUCCACGUGGAGGGCCAGAAGCACAUUGUCAUCUUCGCCCUGCGGCGCAUCUUUCGCGGGGAGGAGCUCACCUAUGACUACAAGUUCCCCAUCGAGGAUGCCGGCAGCAAGCUGCCUUGCAACUGCGGGGCCAAGCGCUGCCGCCGCUUCCUCAACUGAGGACUCGUUUCCUGGCUGCAGGCCUUCCCGGGUAGCAGCUGAGGAGGGUGGGCCAUGCCCAAGGGAGAGGAAAGGGUGGACCCAACUCUGCUGUACUGUUCCAACUGAGCCGCUGCCGCGGCUGCAGUGCUGGCUUUCGUUCUCAAGGCAUGGAGACGUUUCAUCUCCAAGAGCAUCAGUGAUGCCCAUUUAAUGUCAGAAAAGGAGGCCGUUGGCACGGCCCCAUCGCUUGAAUCUGUGGCUUGAAAUUAUGGCAGGCAGAGAUAUGGGACAAGUCUCAAAGGGUGUCUCCCGACCCCUUAUUUGUGCCCAUCUGCUUCAUGAAUCCUGAUUAUUAUUAUUAUUGUUAUUUUUCCCUUGUGGGGUGAGAACAGCAUUUUCUUUAAUUUUGUACUUUUAAAUUUUGUGAAUUCCCCCUUCCCCCUUGCUUAGAAUCUCUGUCUAAAAGGAAAAAAAAAACAUCAAACCCAGGAGGAUGUAAAUAUUUGUACAAAUUUCUAAACCUGUUUAUUUUCUAUGCACUUUUUUAUUUAAGAUGCUCAGUCAACUCAAGACGGGAAAGGGUUGGAUUCUUGUUGGUAUAAUUUUAAAUAAAACGCAAUUUUGACACGA